AUGUCUUCCCGUCUCAUCACCUUCGGCUUCUUCGCCGCCUCCAUCUCUCAGGUCCUGGCCUCGUGCGCCUACGGAACUCACUUGGAUCCUCGCGCUGAGGAGGGAAAGGUCAAGGUCAACAACUUUGCUUAUACCGGCAGCAAUGGCCCCUUGAACUGGGUCGCUCUGGAUACUACUGCCAACCAACUGUGCGCCACGGGAACCACCCAAUCCCCUAUCGACAUGGUCGCCGGCUCCUUCAACGUUCUCCCCGGAAGCUCCAUCAACCUCGAGAUCCCCGACAUGGCCGAGGGCACCGAGUUCGAGAACCUGGGAACCACCGUCGAGGUUAUCGCCAAGGGUGGAUCGAUGCAAGUUGGAGGCAGCAACUUCACCCUGCAGCAGUUCCACUUCCACUUGCCUAGCGAGCAUCUCGAUGCCGGAAAGAGCAUGGCUAUGGAGAUGCACAUGGUCUUCGAGGGUGCCAACCAGGAGAUUGCUGUCAUUGGUACCUACAUCGACUUGGAGCAGGGCGCUGCCGCUGCUGCCCCCGCCGCCCCGGUCGCUGAGGCUGCUCCUGUUGCCGAAGCUGCUCCCGCUGGAGGAAACGCCACUGCCGAGCGUCGCACCAAGCUGGCCCGCCGCGCUGCUACUGAAGCGGCGGCCGAGGCUCCGAAGGCUAUCCCCGCGAUGGGAACCAACCCUAUCAAGGCCGAGGCUGCUUCUUCCAACCUGCUUGAGACUGUCUUCUCUUCCCUCGAUGCCAUCAAGGAGCCCGGUACCGUCACCAAGACUGGCGCGCUGAACAUGCAAGAAGUUGUUACCCUGCUCUCCGCCGGUAGCUUCCAGAGCUACAUGGGUUCCCUCACCACUCCUCCUUGCUCCGAGGGUGUUCAAUGGCUCGUCUCAACUCAACGUCUGAUGGUCCAGCCCCAAACCUUCACUGCCGUCCGCGAUGUCAUUGGCUUCAACGCCCGAUUCCCCCAGAACACCCUCGGCCAGGCCAACAUCAUCCAGGUCGCCCAGCAGAGUCUGACUACCGCCAACAUUGCCAACCCCAUUGCUGCUGCUCCCGCUGUCGCUGCUCCUGUUGCCGCUGCUCCCGUUGCCGCUGCGCCCGCCGCCCCCGCUGCUGAGGCUGCCAAGGAAGCUGCUCCCGUCGCCGCCCCGGCCGCUCACGCUUAG